GUUGCCAGGGCUCGGAGCUCAUCAACCUCCUGGAGAAGGUGGAGUUGCUGACCACGGCCCAAGAUAAGCUGUUCUCGUCCUUGAAGCACGAUGUAUUCUCAGUUGGACGGCUGCUCUACAGUAUUGAGAAUUGGGGCGUUGACGAUGAUUUUUCGACCAUCGACAAUGCGAAGCUGAAACAAUUCAGCUCUCUUUGCAAACGGAUCCGCGGCCUGUGCAUCAAUGGGGAUCCUUCAAGCAGCCCCCACGAGGUGCAGAAAAUGCUUCACGAAACAGAGUUUUUCUCGCACAUGGAUUACACGGUGAGGAUGAGCUUUUCAGACUUUCCACAGAGCUCCGAACCACUGGUCAAGCAGGUGAUCUCCCAAAUGUGCCACUGUGCAGUCAAGGCCGUGGCAAACAACAGCAAGAACCAGAUGCAGGCUUAUCGAUCCAUAGAUGCGAUGAAAGCCUUGGUCGCUGAGCAGCCGGAGUCUGCGCUGCUCCUGGCAGAGAUCUUCAAGGGCAAUUUCACAAUUUGCCGGCGUGUGCCCGAAGACCUUAUCGCGAAGUUCUCCGAGCUCAUUCUCAGGGAGCGGAUGGCCGGCAGCUUCGUGUCCUGCUACAUCGACUUCUACAUGGCUAUUGUCUCUGCUGGCAACAAGCCUGUGGUACGGAACCAGGUGCCAGUGGUGGAAGCACUACAACGCGGCCGACCGGAGAGGAUGCUGCACCUCCUGCGCACGACAAGCGAGAUGGAGCGAGCUUUGGACCUGGCUCGUCACUUCAAGGCGAAGUCGGUUCUGCGAGGCGAAGACACAACGGAGUUGAAUGAGAACGACCAGGAACUGGUCUAUUACCUGAAGUCGAUGGAGCUGCUCGGUGGUCUGGCUCGAGGACGUGGCUCGCAUUCGCUGAUUACCAAGCCUUUUGUUGCAG